AUGCAGUCCGAGGUCUUAUUCACUAUCGUCUUCGGUUCCAUUGCUGCUGCACUUGCCAUCAUAACUAUCGUCCAGAGCUAUCUACAACAUAAAAAAAGAGAGCGUAACACUGGAAUUCAACAGACAAUUUGGCUUAGCUUUUGGCAUUCCCCGACUGAGAACGUUCCCCAGAGCAACUCCGCCAACAGAGCUGCAGAGGGCUCCGAGUUGUAG